GCACAGGGUGGCAGCCGUUGGAUAUAAGGAGUUCUGAUUCAACUCAUGUCCAGAUCAAAUACCCAGGAGCACUUUCACUAAACGGCCGUUUGAGCUCCGUGAUCGCAUGCACGAAAAAAUGCUGCCACAACUUUCCCACACCAUUUUUACAUCAUUCCACACAUUCUAUCGGCAACGGUGCUGACCACCCGUCUUGUGGAUUUACAGCUUUUUUUAGUGCUUUUGACAAAUUGUAUCGGCGACGGUAGACUUUGACAUGUGCCAGCGCCAUACCGUAUGUAAAGUGUCGUUUUUUACUUGUUUUCACACAUUGUAUCUGGAACGGUGGUGAUCACCCGUUGUGUGGGAUUUUAUACCUUUUUACUGCUUUUGACACAUUCGACCGGUGACGGUAACCUGUGGCAGGUGCUAGCACCACACCGUGUGCAAUGUGUAGUUUUUUACCUGUUUUCACACAUUGUCUUCGGCGCGGGUGGAUUUAGCGAAAAAAUUCUGCCACAGGGAAGGCCGUGGUGUUUGCUAAACAUUAGACGUUGCUAGAUGGUGGUGCAACUAACCGUAGCAUCUAGCAAAACACGUUGUUACAUUAUAGUUCUUAUCUCUUUUUUGGUUCAGCUAAUACAAAACUUUCCUUCCGAGCAAAAGAUCUGUGGCUUCGCGAUGCCGUCUGCUGCGCCGGCAGACGGGUGGUUACUCUCACACAAAUUUUGCUGUCUUCCUGCCCCUAUGGAAAUUCUAGCAAUAAAUUUUCCACUCAAAAAUGGUAGACUUUCUUAUUUUUCAGGUUGCCGUGCGGUCCUAGGCUUCCAGCCGCUUGGAAUUACGGAGCAGUUGAGAAGGCUUUACGUGAAUCAGGUGGUAGGGGAGAUGGUUGCAUUUUUCUCCCACGGGCAGGACAAGUUUUCCAGACGAUUGAAGAGGCAUACGAGUUCUUCAACAUGUACUCCUGGGAGGUUGGUUUCGGUAUCAGGUAUGGGCGCAGUAGGAUCAACGGCUCCAGCAUCCGAACCAGGAAGGACAUCGUUUGUUCUUGCGAGGGGAGGGACAAAUCUGAGGCGACCAGGUCGGCAAGGUGCGACUGCCGUUGCAUGCUGUCGUUGCUAAGGAGCGACGACGACUCAUGGUUUGUAAAAAAAUUCGCACCCGAGCACAACCAUUCCAUGUCUGUCUCGUGUGGCGAAAAAAGGAGGUGGCCGUCUCACAGUAGAAUAGACGGGGGUACAAGGGACCUUGUUCGCCACCUCCGUGCAAACAAUGUGCAACUAUCCAGAGUGUGUUCAAUAGUCGGCACAGUUCACAAAACUGAUUCGUAUGUUCCAUUCAGCCGUCAGUCUGUCCGUGCUAUGUGUGCUAAACUAGCCCAGGAAUCAAUUGAUGGUGACAUGUCGAAAACGAUUGAAGUUUUUAACAUGAUCAAAACCAGAGACCCAGGGUUUAUCGUGGCAAUGGAUUUGGAUGAAAAGAAGAGGGUUAGAUCUUUGCUUUUUGCCCACGGUACAAGCAGAAAAGACUAUGCUUCAUUUGGAGACGUGGUUACUUUCGACACCACCUAUAGGACCAAUUUAUAUAACCUGCCUUUUGGUCUUUUUGUCGGUGUAAACCACCAUUUUCAAAGUGUUGUUUUUGCCGGUGUUCUGCUAACCGAAGAAACCAUCGAUGCAUUCAAGUGGACGUUCCGUAAUUUUGUGGCUGCAAUGGGUGCUGACGCUCCGAAGACUAUCCUGACUGACCAGUGUCACCAAAUGAGGGUUGCAAUAGAUGCCGAGCUACCCUUAACACGCCAUAGGUGGUGCAAGUGGCAUGUUUUGCGCAAGGCGAAGGAAUCUCUUGGGCCGGUAUAUAGCAAGAACUCACCGUUCAAGAGAGACUUGCAUGAAUUGCUUGACAUAAUUGUUGAUGUUGAGGAGUUCGAGACAAGAUGGUCAGAAUUAAUCACUGGGUACUCACUACAAGACAACGAGUUUCUAUGCAGAGCUUACGACAACAGAGAAAUGUGGGCAAAGCCAUAUUUUACCAGCACUUUCUGCGCUGGCAUGACAAGUACCCAGCGGAGUGAGAGCGCUAAUCACGUCCUAAAAACUUAUAUCCCCCGGUCAGCUCCGAUGCACCUGUUUGUGACACAAUACGACCGGCUGAUAACGGACCGGAUUGCAGAGGAAGGCAGGGAGCAACACGCGACGAAACAGGUGAGCUAUCUACUUCGGGCGGGAGUGCCGAUCGAGAAGCAUGGAACACGUGUGUACACUCGCACGAUGUUCGAACGUUUUUACCGUGAACUCUUCAGGUCUAGUGCUUUCACAUGCCGAGAGGAUGGUGGUCCGAACAGAUUCGUAAUGGUCUACGCCCGAGCAAGCGCCUCCAAUCCAGCUGGUAGGCAGGAAUAUGUUGUUGAUUCGAAUGAAGAACGGACGGAAUUCUUUUGCGUGUGCAAAAGCUUUGAGCAUUGCGGUAUCCCUUGCCGACACGUGCUGAAGGUCCUCGUUCACAUAGGUGCCGUGGAGAUUCCGUCUAGCUUGAUUAUGAAGAGGUGGACCACGGAUGCUAGAGAAGGAGUUGAAUCCGCCAUCCCUGGAUUGGACGAGGCUGUAGCGGCAAGUGCGGACAGCACGUCAAUGCAUGGAAUGCUGCACGCUGCAGUGAUGGAGUUGGUCGUAAUGGGGACCACAUCAAGACAGGCGUUCGAGGUCACGGUGGACUAUGUUAGCCAUGCAAAAGCUGCGAUUUCUGCUAUGAAGGUUGAUGCCCCGGUGAAUGUUGGGUUCUCGGUACAAUCUACCGAACUUGCAGGGGAAGAUGUGUUGCAGUUUGACUCUGGCGUAGCUGCUCCACCACGUGUGCGGUCAAGGGGCCGUCCGAAGGAGUUGAGGUUUAAAUCACCAAUAGAAUCUCCAGGUGGAAGCAAACGGCCUACGAACCUGAAGAGGAGCAUGAAGAGCUCUGGCGACGAUGCUCCACGGAGAUCCACCCGUUUUCUGAAGACUGGAGUUUAUGUCAUUGAGCAUUGUGGUUCUUGCGGCUUGUCGGGGCACCGCACAUCGGAAUGUGCGGAAGAAGUAGAGGACGAGCAAGGUGGCGCGGUCAGGAGGCGGUGCAAGAGCUGUGGCGAGGUUGGCCACAACAGAUCCACAUGUGGGAGGAAGUCAACAUAUGUGCCAAAAGUAGUUUUGAGUUGAACUAUUUUUUUACGAGGCGCCUGUUGUAAUAUUUCAUGUACCAUGCUGCUGAACGGUAUUAGUUUACUAUAAUUAAUAUGUUUGCCGUUGGAACAAGUUUCAUUUGGAUCCACUUUCCAUUCUUAAACUAACACCCGACAUGUGUGAUUCUAAAAUU